AUGCUGAAGCGCUCCAUCUCCACCGGGCAGCUCACGACCCUCAUCCAGACCGAGGUGGACGCAUUGGAGGGCGAGCUGGACCAGCAACGGAAACUGGCUGCAGAGCCCAACGCCCCGCCUUCACGUGCGAAUGAUCUGCUGACCAAGAGCUUUGAAGAGGUGCUGCGCGACCAGUACAGCUUCAUCGAGAACGACGAAGAUUAUGCCGCACAGAUUUUGGGAGUUGCAGAUGACCGAGUAGAGGAAGGACGCAGGCAUGCAACGCCGACCGCCGCGACCAGGGGGCGUGCAGAGAAGACGGUGCAGGAGGCAAAGGAAACGAAGAAGGAGAGGGAGGCCGUUGCUGAGCUCUUGCGAGUGCUCAAGGCGGGCGAGGGGUCCCACGAAGUGGGCGACAAGAAGGCCAAGGAGGUCAAGGUGGAGCACUCCUACUUCGUCGGAUGGCUGCAGAAGGCACGCAUCUUCUGCCGUCUGGACCGGGCCGUUCAGCAGCAACCGCAAGCAAACAUCGACAUCUUUGAUGACUUGCUGGCGGCUGAGACCCUGGACUACGGCAAGGAGGCCCUCGGCUACUAUCAGAAGUGCAUCUCCCUCCUGCCGCACCUGGCCGGCCUCACCGCGCCCGACCUCAAGCAAGCCAAGGUGUACCUGUUCAGUGAGCUCGGGCAGUACUACCAAGGCAAGGGCAUGUACGAGAAGGCUCUCCAGGUGGCGGUAACGCUGCUGUCCGAGAACAGACAAUCGCAGGAGAUGCAGCAGAUGCUGCGCGACUCUGUGACCGUCUUGAGGGAGACCGCCGAUGCGAAUCAAGCCGCCUUCAUCAUAUCCACCAUCAGCAAGCUCAAGUCGCCCAUCGAUGCCUGCGUGGACUUUAUCAGCGCGACCUACAUGCAGCUCGAACCACUUCUCCAGCGAAGCUCCGAUCCCACGUUCAUCCAAGCGCGCAUCAGCAUCGUCAAUUGGUACAAGCUCCUUCUGUCGGAGGCACGCGUCAAACGACAGUGCAGCAAGCCGCCGCUCUCCGUCAGCCUGCGCCUUUCGAGCGGCAUACGCGAUGAGGGAGUGAAAGUGGUCGACCACACGCAGGAGUCGCUCAUGAUGGACUUGCUGCUGGGCUACCGCGAGCACGAUCAUUCACCAGAGGUGAGCGAGGCCGCCAAGCUGGCCAUCGAGCAAGUGGCCGAAUUUACCCUGGACAUUAUCGAGGAGGGCUACGAGCACGUUCAGGCCGGCACCGAAGAGGCGGAGGGCCACGUGAUCAGCAUCCAGGUUCACAUGGAAAGCCUGGUGCAGCGCUGCUCCUACUUCCAGACCAUGCUCUCGCUCAACAUGGUGGAAAAACAAACCCAGCGCAUGAGAGUCGUGACGUCUCAGCCCUAUGUGUUCUUGGACAUGAUCGACUAUCUGUAUCGCUCUGAGGUGGAGUUCGAAUCGUUCGAUCACGCGCUGGCCGUGUACAUGGUCGCCAAUCAGUACGGGGUCGCCGAACUGAAGGAACUGGCCUCGAAUUUCUUGUCGACCAGCGCCCACACCUACGCCGCGGAGAUCGAGAGCGAUUGGGCCAAGUUCAAGGAGGUCUACUACCUGGCCGACACCAUGAACCUCCCAAACCUCAAGGCGGCGCUGAUGCAGCAUUUGACCACCAACCAACGUUGGCUCAACAACUUAGAUUCGCUGCCGCCCUUUGGCUCAGAUAUGCAGCACUUGCGGGACAUCGAGUCCCACUUCCCUGAUAUCUUUGCCCGUGUAUCGAACGACGGGCUAAUCAAGAAGAUUCAAAGCGCGGCCAAGCACGACCAGCUGGCGAUAGCCGAGUUCCUUGUCGACCUGCUAACCAAGCGGAAGAGAGGAUCGUCCGUGCCGUGGUAUUCCUCCACCUCCUACGAGCCCGCCGCAGGGUCGCAAGAAGAGUCAGUCGCCGCCACAGUGGACGCCCAGGGCAUGUGCUCGGAGUGUCGUAUCGUGAUGGGCCACCUGACCACCUGCUCCAUGUUCAAGAACUUCAGCCAGUACACAACGACGGGUGGUGGCUUCGUCCCGGAACCGCUUCUGCUCAGCCUGCUCGAGAAAGCGAACAGCGUCGCGUGGAACGAUCUCGUGCUGAAGCUCCUGCGUUCCGGCUUCUGUGCCAUCACCCCCUCAGUGCUCGCGAAGCCGGCGGAGGCGAACGAUGUGGCCCUGCUCGGCCAGCUGAUCGACAUUCUCGCCGCGGUCUACACCGAAGAAGACGCAGAGACGCCCGGUGAAGCUGAUGGUGAUGACGUCAGCAAAGGAAAGGGAAAGGAAAAGUUGCGGGACCACGAGGAAGCGGCGGCGGCGGCGGCGAAGGAGGAGGUACUGAGGAGGCGCGAGGGCAAGUGGCAGUGGGAGGGCGACUCGUCCGACUGGCACGACUACGACGAGACCGCCAACCAGCUCAUCGAAGCGGCCUACGCCUCGGGAGCAGUGAUGACCACCCUCACGCACGGCUACUUCGCAGGCGGCAGCGGCUACACGAUCAUGCUCGACCGCCAGAAGCAGCGCAACAACGCCACCAACUUUGAGCGCAACAUCCGCCGACACGACCUGCUGCCCGGUUACCCUUCUGCAGCGGCAGCGCCGCUCGUGCUUCCGCAGGAGCCGAAGAGGCACCUUGCGAUGCUUAUGAACGCGCCAAUACACAACGGGAAGACACUGCUUAUCACCUUCAUCGAGAAGCGGAUCCCGCUCUCCGUCCUCAAGCGGUUCCUCGCUCUGGGCAAGGACUCGGGCGAGUCCGUCACGGCGCUGGCGCUGGCCAUCCAAAGCGUGGCGGAUGCGUGGAACGAGGCGGACGAGCUGAUCUCCCUGCUCCUCGCCCUGGGUGCCGACCCCAACCUGGAAUUCACCGUGGCCUCCCUCCUGGGCACGAAGCCGUCCACGCCCCUGCUGCAGGCCAUCAAGCAGAACAACUUUGAGCUUGUGCAGCGGCUCGUGUCUGCCGUCGCGACCCUCUACUCGCCGGAGGAGGACCUGCUCGCCUCCCUCAACUCGCACGCCGACCGCAACCCGCUCUUCGCCGCCUGCUUCGGCCGCGAAGAAUCCGAGCGCGCGCAUCGUCCGGCUGCUGCUCGAGAAGGGCGCGGCCGGCGGCCCGCCAGACCACCAGGCGACGAGCGCUGCUGCCGCCCCCACUCUACGGGGUCCGCGACGUCGCGCGCGCUGGCUCCUCCGCCCGUCCUGGUGCUCCCCAAUGCCGCGAGCGCCACCACCAGCCAGGCCCUGGAUGCCAGCGUGGUCCGGGGCAACACGCCGCUCAUGGCCGCCGCCUUCUACGGCCGUGCCGAUCUCGUGCAGCUGCUGCUCAACGUCGGCAGCGCUGACCAGACGGCGGCCGCCAAGCCCAAGAAGGCCAAGGGAAAGGAAAAGGAAAGCGACGACGAGCCGUCGCCGCGACCGCGGUCUGCCCGCCCGCCAGUCUCACGCGCGUGCGACGUCGGCGCGCGCAACUGGUGGCACUGGUCGCCCCUCCACUUUGCCUCGUCGGCCGGCCACGAGGAGGUGGUGCGUCUGCUGUGCCAGGCGCCCGGCGCGAUCGAUUCGGCGUGCGUGGUCAGCUCCAACGGCAUCGUCAACACGGCGCGACAGAUGGCCGCCGACCGCCAGUUCAAUCGCGUCCUGUCGCUCCUCUGCGCGCUGCCUGAGGACCCUGUGGUGCCGUCGCUGGCGUCGUCGCAGGGCAGCGGUGCCGGCGGCGAGAACCGCAACAGCAGCCCCGGCACGUUCCAGCACUCGGCCGAGCUGGCGCCGCUGCAGACCUUCACGUCGGUGUCGGCCCUGGGCGGCGGCGCCACCACCACCGCCGUGUCCACCCUCUCCGGAAGCGGCACCGCCAAGUCCAAGAGGCGCCUCUGGGACCGCCUCAAGUUCUUGUGA